CGAUUCCCUACUUUCCCUCCUUUUCUUGUGCUGAGUGUGUCGCCGGCCUCUGAGACGAAUCUUUACCCCUUAAUCAAACCCUCACCUUAGGGUUCAUCAUCUGUCAACUGUGAAGUGGAAAAUUUGAAGUUUUUAAUUCAAUAAGAAGGAUUUAAUUAUCAAAUCGCGCGCAGACAUGAUCGCUGUGCUGACCUGUUCGCUCUCGUCAAACAUGAGCAGCACCAGCCAGCGAGAGGAAUGCAAUCAUAGGACAUACCAAAAAACUCCAUUUGAAGAGAGGAGAGAGCACGAAAGGCCAGAUCCACAUCUAGUGAAGUUUGUCUCGCCGAAUUGAGCCGAUUUUUGCCUACAAAAGCAUCCAAGUGUACGGAAUGCCCAGGCACAGCGCCGAGUCCGUUGAAAGCAAACACGAGCGAGGGCGGCUGGAUUUUUUGCCGGGCGGAAGUUGCCGCGAGUCCAUUAUCACUGGGCCGCGCGCGCGGAUAAUUGGAGGGCGCUCUGAGCGGGAUGGAGUGGGUAUGCAACCCGCAGUCUCCAACCAGUCAGUCUUGGGCUGCGCUCGCUCUGCAAGGGACGUGCUCCUCACUCGCUCCCUCGCUCGCUCGCUGCCCCGAGUGCGACUUGAAGCAACUUUUCUUCCUCAACGCCGACAUGAUCUUCGCAACGGCGCUCCUCGCCCUGGCCUUAGCGCUCAACAACAUUGCCACACCUUCGUUUGUGGUUGGCGCCUGGCCGGCCGAGCUCGAGCAGACCAACCCCUGUUGGACCGACAAAGGGACGCAGUGCGGCGGACGCGGCAAGUGCAGCGACCAGGUGUGCUUGUGCGACCCGUGCUGGCAGGGCAGACGCUGCCAAAAUUACGUUGACUUUCACCAGCCGCGUUUCCUAGUCAACAAUUUCUACAUCAUCGUCAACAAAAACGUGCGCGGAGCGGUUUUGCGGGCCGAGGCGACCGACGACGACCUCGGCAUGACCUGCCCCCUGCACGACCCUGGCGAGGGCACCACCUGCCCCUGCGCCACCACCAGGUUCAAAAUGCUGCACGGCGCCGACUCGACGCUUUUCAACGUGGACAACGAGACCGGCGACGUUUUUCUGGCCGACAACGUCACCCUUCAGCCUGGCCGCCAGUACCAUUUCACUCUGGAGGCGCAGGGUCUGAAAAUGCGCGGCAUUGACCACGAGGUGGGCCGUGACUUGAUGAGGGCGGUUGUUUACGUCCGGCCCGAGGAGGUGCAGCAGAGACUUGCUUUGAACUUCCCUCUUGUGAGGAGGAAAAGAGAGACUCAUCCAGCUGCUGACAAACCUUUGUCCAUGGAGCUGACCAAAGUUUCCCCCGAGGAUGAACCACUGGAGAUUGGCACACCUCUCACAUACAAGGCCGUGGUGCACCUGCCGCCGGAGAGUUGGUGGUCGCGGCCGGUCGGCGUGCAGAUCAGCACAGACCAGGCCGACGCCAAACUGGCCCUUUGCCAAGCCAGGGUGUCCGGGGUGAAGGGAGCCCUCGUCUCCAGCCUGGGGCCAAUCAACACCCUGGAGGCGCAGCUUUUCACGCACAAAACCCUCUCCACGAUGAAUGUUCGCGCCGUUUUCGACUUUGGCGUGAUUUCUCUCUUGGACCACAACUCGAGCGACUCGCGGCCCAGUAUCGAAAUUUCUUUUGAGGUGAUAAUCGUCGCGCCUGGGGUUCAGGGAGGCCCUUUGCAGUUCAUCAGAGCCACCCUCACCACAGACGAGGCCGGGGCCAUGGCGGCGAUCGACCUUUCAAAUGUGGCAAACAAACAGACGGACGAGGCCCUUUUGGCCGUGGCCACGAUCCGCGCAGACGAAAGCAUGGCCGCCGACCGACCCGCCGACCUGGUUUGGCGAUUCUCGCCCGCAACGCCGUCCGGAGACCUCGCGGUCGCCAUCAAAGACGUCACCGGGGGACAGGCCUCGUUUCGCGUGGGCGGGCUGAGCGUCGAGAGCGACGACGACGCCUUCCUUUGUUUGGCGCCGGCGAAAGCGCGACUCGCGUCGGAACGUUGCCUGCUGAUGGAUGACUCGGCGGCUCACAACGACACGCCGCUCGCCAACUUGCACUUGCCCGUUCGCAUCCACCGCAGAACAGACUCGGCGCUGACGAUCUCGGCGUGGCUGCUUCCGUUGCGGCGGGGGACGGUGCGGAGGCGGCCCUUUGUUACCGUGGAGGUGGCCCUGUCGACGAGCAGCGGUGCCCGCUGGCGUUCGCAGCACAACGUCUCCAUCUCCGACAGCCCGGCCGAGGAAGUUCGGCCCUUGCCCAAAGUUCUGGUAAAGGCGGCGAGCGCGAGCGAGGUGCCCGCAGGAAUUCCAAUUGUGUUCCACGCCAAAAUGCACCUGCCCAGGGGACUUUUCAACCUAACGGCAGCCCUGAGGACGCUGACCAAAGGUGCAAGCAUCACGGACGUGGUUCUGCUGCGAAUCGCCGCCGACGUAGACCAAGACCUGCUCACCGAGCACCAAAUCGUGAGGAAAAGCUCCGGCGAGACGUUGUUCCAAGUUGCAGCCCCGGUCUUAGUGCGCCAGGACGCCAAAGAUGCGGUGGUGCUGCAAGUUUCGGCGGUCGGCAUGGAGAAGGGAGUUGCGAGAUUCGGACUCGCGCUUGCGGCGUAUCCGGAGGUGGCCGAGGUGCUUUUCAAAGCCGACGUCACUCCGUACCAGCCGCCGAUUGUGACGCCCGAGGUUUCCAUCACCCCGUACGAGGACCAGGCGCUCUUCCAGCAGCAGGGAAUUUUGCAGUUUGGCCUCGAGCUCAAAGUUCCAGAGGGCUCGUGCACAAAGGCGGUGACAAUCGAGCUUGACAGUUUGUUCAAAGGCAGCGGUGAGGUCAAGACGCACUUGUGCAAAGUGACUUUUGCCGAGCAAAGUGGAGUCGCACCGAAGAAGUUGGCGCCUCAACACAAACUAGAGCUCGGCCCGCUGUGCGCCCCUCGCAGGUCCAGGAAGCAGACUUUCAACUCGAGAAGCUUCCACGUUUUCAAUGUCCAAGCCUCCUUCCAAGCCGCCACACUUCAAGAUCAAGAGGAAAUUGAAGGAAUAAUUCGAAUUGACGCCAGAAUGCAGCUCGGCCUCUCUCCCUUCUGGUCAGGCGGCGUCUCGACGCAUUUGGUCGAGAAACUCUCGAGCAGUCCGAGAAGCUGCGAAAGCCCCUCGCCCGACGUUUGCCUACUUUAAGGUGCACCCGGCGCAGUGUGUGACUUGAAAUGUGUUGAAAUGUAUCUCGGUGUUUUCAAAAUAAUACUUAAAAGCUUGGAUGUGUACUUGGGCGGUAGCGAGGAGAGUGAAUUUGGACUUAGUUUUGAUGAAAAGCAGUGUGGGUCGAUGUCCAUAUCAGUGAUAGUGUCUGUGAUACCCGUCUCAAUUUUUGCGGUUUUAAAGUAUAAGGGAAAAAUUAUGUAUGGUUGGAAAAAUAUAAAUUUGAUUCUGAAGCAAUGAAAUUACUAAAAAGUUUCUUAACUUCAUUAUGUUUUUAGAAGGGACCAAAAUGUAAAAUAUUCUUUAAAUUUUAGGCCUUUGCCCAACCAAAAUAUUAUUUCUUAAGCUCCUGAGCAAUUAAAUUAGAUUUUAAUUUAAAAUUCAAAUGUUUUUAUUCCUACAUUAAAAGGAACAAUAUUGGGAUUAAAAGUUUUCGAGUGUAAAUUUUAAGGGGGGUUUUUUUGGCAACAGAUUUUAUAAAAAUUGUGUUAGUAAAACAUUCAACAUUUGUUAGUAAUGCUUCAAGAUGUACCUUCUACGAUUAAUAAUAUUGUAAAAUAUGUAUGCAGUGUGUUUCUGAUAAUAAAAAAAAAAAAUGCCGAUCAUUAAAAUUGCUGACAAAUUAACAAGGCUCGAAAGUGAAUAACUGGAAUAAUAUUUGUGUGUAAAUAGUAGGAUUAAAAAUGGCAACAGAGAUCAAACAGAAACUAUUUGUAUGCUUCUUGUAAAUUAAAUAUUCGAGAUAAGGAUUGGUAGGAAUUUGAAAACAAAACUGGGUGUUUGCUGCUGUAUUGAAUGUAAAUAUUGUAAUUUUAACAUAAGAUAAUAUUAUUGAGAGUAUCAAAGGUCAGUCAGAGGGAUCGGGAAAAAAUCAUAUUAAUAGUGAAGAGGGGCAAAAUCCUUUCCUCUUUGUGUAAAAGAUUAAUAUUAAUAAUUGUACUAUGUUGUAUAAUUAGCUCACAAUUAGAAUAAAAGUU